AUGGCUCGCAAAGUAUGCAUCACCGCCGUGGACGGCAACACGGGCUUCGCCAUCGCGGAGCUCAUCCUUGACCACCGCGACUUUUCCAGAAAGAUCGACUCGGUGAUCGGGCUGGCCAUGGAUCCCAACGCCCAACGUGCGCAGGAGCUCAAGGAGAUGGGAGCCGUCAUUGUGCACCACAAGCCCGGCCGGGUCAAGGACAUGGCCAUCACUCUCCGGGACUCGGGCGCAGACACCAUCUGCAUUGUGCCACCGGCGCACCACCAAAAGUACGACAUUUGCGUUGAGCUGGUCGAGGCGACCAAGAAGGCUGGCGUGUCCAACGUGUGCCUCGUCAGCUCCGCCGGCUGCGACUACGCCGACGUCAAGAAGCAGCACCGGCUUCGGGAAUUCAUCGAUCUCGAGACCCUCGUCCUGCAGACAAAGGGCGAUCCGAGCACGCCAACCGGGGGCUCGCCUUGUGUAAUCCGUGCAGGCUUCUAUGCUGAAAACCUCCUCACUUACGCUCCGCAGGCCAAGGAGGAAGGAACGCUGCCGUUGCCGAUCGGGGAAGAUCACAAAUUCGCUCCCGUGGCUCUAGGGGAUGUUGCGCAAGUGGCGGCGCACGUUCUCACCGGCAAAGGAAAGCACGGAUUCGACGAUAGGCACAGAGGCCAGAUGAUGAUCGUGACUGGUAAGAAGACGAGAUCAAGCGAGCCCAUGACGGCGAGCAGCAGACUGACGGGAAACUGCGAUCCAGGUCCAAAGCUUUGCGCCGGAGCCGAGUUGGCCACUGCGGCGAGCACCGCUCUCGGGACCGAGAUUAAGUUUGAGAAUAUUUCCCAGGCCGAGGCGAAGCGUGUCCUCAAGGCACAGUCUGACAGCGACCAGUCGGAACUGCAGUACCUCUUGGAAUAUUACAGCCUCGUCCGCGAAGGCAAGACCAACUACGUGUCAACCACGGCCUUUCAGUUUGUGACGGGCGAGCAUCCCACGGAGCCUGAUGAGUUUUUCAAAAUGUACCAGACCGAGUUGAGACCUCACAAGAAGGCCAAGCGAAACCACAAGUAG